UUGUAAAGAAGCUGACUGCGGUUUACCAAAGACAGCUGAUUGGACAAUUUAGCCAUUUCUCAUCAGAUAUAAAAUGCUUCUGGUAAAACGAUUCUGUAGUGGAUUUCAACGCAUUAAAGCAAUAACAAACACUGCCAAACCUGGGGAGCAUCUUAAUGUUCAAGGAUGGAUUAAAAACAUACGACGCCUAAAGAAAAGUAUAUUCUUCGACUUAAAUGAUGGAUCCACAGUACGUCGAUUUCAAGUGGUUAUACCGAAAUCAGUGGACACAAAAGACAUAUGUGUUGGCAGUAAUAUCAGUGCAACCGGGUGCAUACAAGUAGCGCCUAAUGGUCAACUAGAAUUACACGCCGAGCAUGUUAAAGUAAUAGCCGACGGCAACAUCACAGGAUAUCCUUUCACGCCAAAACAGCAACAUCCACCGGAGUAUGUGCGUGAACACUUACAUCUUCGUGCACGUGUAGAUUACAUAGCUGCGCAAAUGAGAUUGAGGCAUCGGGCAUUGAAGGCCAUACAUGACUAUAUGGACGAAUUGGAUUUUGUGCAGAUUACAACUUCCGUUCUUACAACGAACGAUUGUGAGGGUGCUGGAGAAGUUUUCAGAGUGCAGCCAGAAUCUGAUGCACUUCUCAAGGAAAUGAGCCGACCCAAUGUACCCGUUGAUCAGAGUUACUUCGACAAAAAAGUCUUUUUAUCCGUAUCAGGUCAAUUACAUUUGGAAGCCAUGUCAUAUGGAUUGGGUAAUACAUACACGUUAACACCCGCGUUUCGCGCUGAAAAUUCUAAAUCUCCACUGCAUUUAGCGGAAUUUUAUAUGUUUGAGGCCGAAUUAGCCUUUAUGGAGGAUAUAAAUUCUUUAACCGAAUUUAUUGAAAAAAUGAUAAAAAGCGUUACAUUGCGCAUUCUAGAAUCAGCAAAAGAUGAUUUAAGAUUUUGCCAAGAAAAAGCGUUAGGCUCUGUUUUUGAACUAUCUUGGCUGAAAGUUGCGUGGACCACUCUCAGCUACGAUGAGGCUUUGAACAUUUUACAAGCAAACAAGCAACAAUUCAAAACUGAGCUUAAACCUGAAGAAGGAUUUUCCAAAGAACAAGAAUUGUUCCUUGCAAAACAUUGUGGAACACCAGUGUUCGUUGUGGAUUGGCCUGCCAAUCAAAAGCCAUUCUAUAUGAAAGUAGUUCAAACAAAAUCCGAACGAGUUCAUGCUUUAGAUUUAUUAAUGCCUGAAGUUGGAGAAUUGUGCGGAGGGAGCUUACGCGAAAACGAUGAGAAACGUUUGCGAGCACAUCCGCAUCUACCCCAGGGCUUAGAAUGGUAUUUGGAAUUGAGAAAGUUUGGCGGUGUUCCUACAGGUGGCUUCGGUUUAGGCUUUGAGCGUUAUCUUCAAUUACUUACGGGAGUAAAGAACAUACGCGAUGUUAUACCAUUCCCCCGAUAUCCACAUAGUUGCCAAAUGUGAACUGAUGAUUAAUACAUGAAGAUAAAACGUAGUCAAGGAACGUCUAAUUGUUUGAUGCAUUUUAAGGAAAAGUAACAUUUUUAUAAUAGAUGAAUUUUCAUGUGUAACAUUUUUUGGUCACCUGUGAAUAUAUCUAGUGCAUGUAUAUUCCUUUAAUGUAUUUCGUGAUUUGUUAAAGUUCAUUCUGUAAAAGUUCAUUAUAAUAAUAAAAUAAGUUGAAAUAA